AUGAUCAUCUACCGGGACCUCAUCAGCCAUGAUGAGAUGUUCUCCGACAUCUACAAGAUCCAGGAGGUCGAGGACGGCCUGUGUCUGGGGGUGGAGGGGAAGAUGGUCAGUAGGACAGAGGGUAACAUUGAUGACUCGCUCAUUGGUGGAAAUGCCUCCGCUGAAGGCCCCGAGGGAGAAGGUACCGAAAGCACAGUAACCACUGGUGUGGAUAUUGUCAUGAACCAUCACUUGCAGGAAACCAGCUUCACAAAAGAUGCCUACAAGAAGUACAUCAAAGAUUACAUGCAGUCAAUCAAAGGGAAGCUUGAAGAACAGAGACCAGAAAGAGGAAAACCUGUCAUGACAGGGGCAGAACAGAUCAAGCACAUCCUUGCUAAUUUCAGAAACUAUCAGUUCUUUAUUGGUGAAAACAUGAAUCUAGAUGGCAUGGCUGCUCUGCUGGACUGCAGUGAGGACGGUGUGACCCCAUAUAGGAUUUUCUUUAAGGACGGUUUAGAAAUGGAAAAAUGUUAA